AUGGGUGACAGUAAUCUUCCUCUAUGUGCAGAAGGUUGCGGCUUCUUUGGUUCGAUGGAAACCAAGAAUUUAUGCUCCAAGUGUUACAAAGAUUUUCUCAAAGAAUCAUUGGUUUCUGAGUUUGAAGCCAAAGUGAAAGUUUCUACUACUACUUCGACUGCACCAAAGCCUCCUGUUUCAGUCGAUUCUUCAUCUGUUUCUACUCCACCAAAACCAAAGAACAGAUGUGAAUGCUGUAACAAGAAGAUUGGUUUGACGGGAUUUUCAUGUCGCUGCGGGAAAGUUUUGGGCGGGAUUCAUCGUUAUCCCAAGGAACAUUCAUGCAACUUUGAUUUCAAGACAGCUGAUCGCCUUAUUUUGGCUAAACAAAACCCUGUUAUGAAGGCUGACAAACUAGAAUCAAGGAUUUGA